AACAUGGUUCUUUCAGUGAAACUAUGUGUGCUAAUGGUUAAUUUCGCAUAUGUACUUGGGCAAAGCAUGACCGGGACGCAAUAUUUUCAUCCUAAUACUUCUGGAAUGACAGGGACGCAAUAUUUUCAUCCUAAUAUUUCUGAAAACAUAGCACAAAUCAAUGACGUAAUUACACCGAAACUCCCAUGUUUUCGAAGCACGAUAAAAAUUUGCAUUCAGAAUUUGAUGACUUUCCUCACAGAAGAUUCUCCUCACUUUGUGCCAGCAAAUGAACUAGAUGACUUUUGCUCACGAGCUACGGAAGGUCAGAAAUGCAUGAAGGAGUAUUUGGAUUUCUCAAACUGCAUUAUUCCCAAUGAUACACACGUAUUUGAGGCAGUUAUGGAAAGAUCUGAGCUUAUUACAGACAAGAUAUGUAAAGGCCAUCCUGAAAAUUUGAGUUACCGAAAAUCAUACAAGAAAACAACAGACUGCAUUAACAAAAAUGUUGAAGAAAUUACUAAAUGUAUGAAGACAUCUAUAAAACCAAUGGAAUUCAACUUUCAAUUAGAAGAUAUAAAUAUGACUCGCAGUGAGAAAUAUAGCGUAUUCUGUUGCUCUAUGGUCCAGUAUAUUGAUUGCGCAGGGCGAGCUAUUAAAGACUCCUGUGAUAAAGAAGCGAAGUAUGUUGCAACUGAAUUGCUACUAACUGCUUCUGGUGCAGAAUUCAAUGACUUUUGCAGAAGUAUUGAUGUCAAGUAUCCCUACAACACUGCUCUUUGCAGCAGUGCUUCUUCUGUGAAUAAAUUUGGAGCGUUUCUGUCCUCAAUGACUAUCGACCUGUUUAUAUGGUACAUACUGGUCAAGUUAUUUGGUAACCAGUAA